AUGCAACUCGCUACUCUCCUCCCCAUGAUCCUCUCCACCUUGAGCCUGACCAGCGCUCUCCCCAACGGUCAAGCCGCCACCUGGAGAGCAACCAACUUCACUCUCCAAUGCUCCCCCGGUGGCUGUGCCUACCGCUUCAACAUCACCGCGCCCGCAUCCGAGAACGCGCCCGGUUUCCAGACCUACUGCGAGGGUAUCACUCCCAACGCCACAGCCUGUGCCAACAACACCAUCACCGCUGCAGUCAGCCCCGUGACCAACCCAACAUGGAAUGUCAAGGUCCAGCACGAGUGGCAUGUUAUUGAGGAGGACUACAAUUCCGAGGCCACCUACUGGCAGGCCGGCAGUGCCAAUGUCACCGAGACUACUACGGCCUUCCUUAUCAAGCCUGAUGUCUUUUACGGUGUCGCAUAA